CUUUAUCUAGUCAUUAUUGUCUUCGUUGUCAAUAAGUCCAAUCGCCUCCUACAUAAUCACCCACCAGCACCGGCCACAAACACGAGUCAUACCACCGGAGGAACCUCACCGCCCCCCGCCAUGGCGUCACGAGCAUCCGUAUUUUUCCUAUAGUAGGUGUCACUCACCCCUCUUCGAGAGAUUGCAAUAUCUUCGCCCCCAUCGUUCUUGCUCUAGAUCUAGAUCUAAGAACAAUCAUCUAAGAUCUUGUUGCUUCGCCGUCGUUCGCCAUUGCUGGUGUUGUUGGAUGUCUUUGCCUAAUCUAGAAAGCAGCACGGCGCUACAAAUGGAGUCGGAGCCCAUCGUCGGCUGCGACGGCGACGGCUGCGCCUCCGGCGCCGGCACCUGGCCGCUCCACCACUUCCGCCGCCUCGACGGCGUCCACUGCCGCCUCUGCUCGUCGUGCCUCCUGCUCGAGUACCGCUCCUUCUACUGCUGCUGCUGCUUCCUCCUCCUCGGCCCGGAGCCGCCCGCCCACUUCGACGACGGCGACCCCAUCCUCGCGCCGCCGGUCCCCGUCGCCACCUGCAGGCUCUGCAACGAGGCCGUCGCUCACCGCUACUGCCUCCAGUCCGACGACGACACCUUCGUCUGCGCCGCCUGCGUCGCGGCCGCGCACGGCUGGCGCUUCUCGUACACGCCUACGGCGCCGCCGCCGGCGGCGCUGGCGGCCACCACCACCGGCGGCGUCGUCAGCGACGCCCCGCUCGACAUACGCGCGACGCGGAUCAUGCUCUUGGCCUCGCGGAUCUCGCUGGCCGUCCUGAGGAAGGCGGCCGCCGCGGCGCGCGCGACGGCGGAGCGCCUGUUCGUGGAAGCCAAGGCCGAGAAAGCGCGCGCGUACCGCGCUCUCGCCGUGGCCCUGGGCGUCGACGCGGAGGUGCCGUCUGCAAACCAUGGCGCCGACGAGCCGGAGCCCCUCCCGAUGCUGCAGGCGCCGCCGCCGCCGGAGGACAUGGCGCCGGAGAGCAGCAGCACCGCGACGAACAUGGGCGCCUUACCGCCGUCCGAGAACGUGGCGCCGCCGGAAAGCGACGCGUCGAGCGUGGCCAUGGCGCUGGCGAUGGCGCCGCCGUCCGAGAACCUGCCAUCGGAAGGCAACCUGGUGGCCAUGGCCAUGGGCCUGGACCUCAACGCUCCGCCGCCAUCCCCGGCCGCAGACACCAUCGGCGUGGGCGACGUCGCAGAGAUGACAAUGGCUGCCGAGGCCAGCAGCUCGUCGCCGCCACUGCCACCGCCACCGCCGCCGCAGCCGCGGCGGCGGCCACUGCAGCUGUUUCCGGACGACGACAUGUAAGGACGUCGUCAAGCCGAAAACUGUGUUGUUGUGAGUUGCUUGCUUGGAAGUAUACCUUAUCGAUUUUCGUGUUUGCUUGGCCAAAUGAUCAGUGAUAUGAUCCUGAUGUAUGCUCAUGAUUCUGAUCAGUUUCUUGGCGACUUGUUAAUGGGUUGAUCAUCUGACAUGUUAGAUGAUCAUGACACCCAGUAUAUUCAUCUCAAGUAGACUGCUUGGUUUGCACCUUUGUGCAUGCCAUUUUGAAUUGUAUGAUGUUACUUGUUAUACUACCAUUUACCAGUGAACAAUGUAUUGAUCUGCUGGUGAACAAUGUAUUGGAAAAAUUAUGAACCCUGAAAUAGUGUUGUUGUGAGGUGUUUGCUUGGCCAAAUGAUCAGUGACCCGGAUGUAUGAUCUAGAUCGUAAUUCUUGUUGUGAUGUUCUCACAUGUUAGAUGAUCAUUGAUACCCAGUAUAUUCAUCUUAAAUCACUGCUUGGUUUUGCACUUUUUAGCACACCAUUUUUUGCAUUUACCAGUGAACAACGUAUUGAUCUACUGGUUGGAGAAAUUAUCAGCCCUGAAAAUUUGAGCAUCUGAAACUCUCUGGAUAUUCAUUCAUGCAGUUUGUUCAGACUCUGGAGCUGAAAGUUAGUAUACUAUAUACCUGUUAAUUUCAUCCGUCUGUACAAUCUAUCAAUUAUCAGUCUGAAGUCUGAAGUCUGAAACUUUGAACAUUUCACCAUUGUUUGUGGAGGCAUUCCGUUAUUUUCUUCAGUUUUUUAAUGCGAGAUGCAUUUGGAUUUACGUUGUUAUAAGAUAGGGCUCCAUUUCCCUAAAUUGUGAUCAGGUUUUCCUGAUUUUUGCAAGCGUCCAUUUCUGAUGAUUUCAUUUCAUUAUGGGAAAGAAUUGGGCCAACAGACGGGCAAGAAGAGAGCAAUCCUUAUAUUAAACAUCGGUGGCUAACUU